AUGUAUGCGGCGACCCACACCUGUCAGCUCCCGUGUGAUGUUGUUGCUUCCCGGCUAAGUCCUAAUCGAACAAAGCAAUUAGUGGGGUACGGUGGACGUGAUGGCGCUCUCUACGUCUACCCGUUUACAGGCACUUCGCCUCAGGCCCGCCUUGAAGGGCUCUCAGCUCCGGUGACCUCGUUGGGGUUUAGUUCAAACCAAAGCUCCAUGGUAGGCGGCAGUAGCGCCGGUGGAUUACUCAUGUGGAACUUAGCCACAGAGCAGGUCACCCGCACUUUUAAGGGCCAUCGAUCGAUGAUCACCGAUGUCGAGAUGCAUACGUGUGAUUACCUCACAGCUAGCGUCUCUACGGACGCCAUUUUACGGAUUUGGGAUAUUCGUAAAAACGUCCGCGUGCAGUUGCACAACGAUGCCAAAGUGGCGCUUCACAAAGUGCAGUUCUCUCCCAAUGUAAAGUGGGUUGCCACCGGCUGCGCGAAUGGAGUUGUAAGACUAUACAACCUGGGUACGGCCAGUCUAGAGGCCUUCCUAGAGCUACGUGGGGGCGCUAUCACCACUCUUCACUUUCAUCCUGAGAUGUAUUUGAUGCUGGUUGGCUGCGAAGACGGUACGGUGGCGCUGUGGAACCUCGAAACGUUCAAAGUUCUAUUCCAAAGCAACAACGCGAAGACGCGAGUGGACUGCGUGCGGUUUGGCGGCACCCACCUUUUGGCGGCCACCGAGCAUCAGCUUCAUAUCUGGGAUACACGGAACUCGUCGGAUGCGAUCAUGAAGAACAAAGACGCGCCGUGGGGGGCCUUUGUCGAUAUAGCGCACGCUUCCUUUUCAGAUGAGGUUUGGUUCGUUGAAGCGAACGGAUCUACCACGCUGACAGGGCGCUUUCCCAUAGGAGGCAACUGGGUAGCGGAGCCGGUCCCCAAGCCGAACCCAGUUUCGAGGCCACAGCCAACCGCGGUAAAGGAGAUUAUACCAAGGCCGUUGAACGAAGCCAGUCCCGCACCGUGCGCCAUAACAGUGAGGGCAAAAAAGCAAUCAGUGAAUCACGUAGUCGAAAAGCCUGGGGUGGCACUCUCCCCUCCCGAUUUGCCUGUGUUACCCGGCCCCUUGUUGGAACUGCCGCGCCCCCUUGCCCUCGAUUGCAAUGGAUCCGAGAUGGAGGUGGUCGAUCAGCUCCUCGACAACGGCGUCGAUACGAGCAGCAUGCUGCGACGGCGGGCGACUCAUUUGGGUGUGAUUCGGUCGCUUUGGCAGCAAGAUCCCCACGCCGCCCUCCAACACCUCCGGCAGCUCUGCGAGGAGGGCACGGAGGGCGGCGUUGCGCAUGAUUUUCUCAUCACGAUGCAACAGCAGCGAAUGAAAGAGAAGCUGACGGUGGACUCCGUCGCGGAGUUGCUGGUGGUGCUCCAGUACGCAUUACAAUCUCCGGAUGAUUCAUUGGCCGUGAUGGGGCUGCGAACCCUGCGCAGCGUGAAUACAAAAUUUCGCGCACGCCUGGAGGAAGCGCAGCGGCGGGCUCGCGUGCUCGGCGGCGGCGGGUCGAACGACCCUCCGAGUAGUAAUAGUGAGAGUGUGUUGAAGCUUGGGCAGUGCGCCAUGCAGGUGCUAUCGCUAACGAGUCGACAAGAUGGCAUCGGAGACGAAGCACGGCGAAUCAUCCCUGAGUUGGCGCCACCAAGGGCACAUUGA